AGUCCCCACCCGCACCCCCAGGGUGUGGGUGGGAAACCACACCCUGUGCAAACCACAACCUUCGGAGUCGCCGACCGUCGUGUGCGCAGCGGGCGGCGGGCUGCCCGCGUUCGACGCGGGCAGGGCCGCGGCGCCGGGGAGCGACCUCGUCGUGACGACGGCGAGAGCGCCGUCGCCGGAUAUCGAGGCGCAGGCGGCCGAGGUGAGUGCGCGCCUGGGCGCGCGGCUCGUGGUCCGCGGGAGGAGGCCCUUGCUGGACGUGCUCGCGGAGUCGAGGUCGGGCCUGGCGUACCUCGUGGGGGGCGCGAAUUGGAAGGAGCGCGCGGAGGUCCGACACGAGAUCUGUGAUGGCCGCGGGGGCCGCGUGUUCGUCAACCCACGCAUGUGGAGGAUCAUCCCCGACGUGAUGCGCCAGCCGCUGAUCCAGGCCGUCGCGCCGGCCGGCGAGCCGCCGCCUGGGGACGUCGUCGAUGCCACCGCGGGCCUCGGGGGCACGUCGCUGCGCAUCGCGCACGCCUGCGGCGCGCGGUGCAGGCUCACCGCGUGCGAGAUCUCGGCGCCGCUGGCGUGCCUGCUGGACUUCGGGCUGCGGCGGCUGGCGGCGCAGGGCGAGGAGUGGUCGGAGCCGGCCUCGCGCGUGCGGGCUGUGCAUGCGGACGCGCUCGAGCUGCUGAGCGCCCGCGCCCUUGCCCCGCCCGCAGAUCGGCCAGACGUGGUGUACCUGAACCCCUGCAUGGACCUCGGCAGCGCCUCCGCCGAGGACGCAUUCCUGCACCGGGUGGCCAGCCUGCGCCCGAUCGCCCAGGACGUCUUCGAGGCCGCCGUGGCGUGCGCCCGGCGCCGCGUGGUGCUGCGGCACCAGCGCGGCCUGCCGCCGCCGUUCGGGCUCCGGGACGGCGCCCCGGCGACCCGCGUGGUGCGCGGCGGGCAGAGCGACUUCCUCGUGCUGGAGGUGUGAGCGGAGGGCCCAGGCGCGGCGGCCCGCGCGCUGCGCACGCGCGGGGUGCCGCGCGCGGCGAUUGGAGACCGUCCGGGGGGAAAACUCGUCCAUAGGAGGGUGAGGAAGAGGAAGGAAGCGAACGGUACUAUGGA